GGUUUUCCUGUGUCUUCGGCAGUUCGAUUUCGUUAAAAGUCGGCACUCAGACAUGCGCAAAGCGGUACCGAACUUGUCUGUUUUCUAGCCUCGUCAGAGCCGACUUGGCCACUUGGAGCGGCAGAAAUCUUUAUGGAGACAAAUUAGUUGAUUAUCUUAAAUUCUAUUGCAAGCAAGCGGUGCCAAAAUAUAUUAUGUGCGCUGAGUGUGGGUCGACGAUCCCGCAGCAGCCCAGUGCAAUGUGCAUGAAAACGGAACCAGUAAAUUCUUUUGUUGGAGCUGUGUUAUCCGGGUACUUUACUGAUGUCAAAUGCGUUCGCUUUUGGAUGAAUUACCAUGAACACUGCUUGGUUCCCUUAUAUGAACCUCCAGAAGAUACCAGCGUUCUGACAGCCAUCGUUGAGUGUUACAGUAUCUACAGAACCGAUUUUGACAAUUGUGGUGAAAACGGUUUCAUUGCCAUGAUAAUGAGGGCAACCCACUUCGCUCCGAUGGGUUCAACGCUUGACGUAGAUCUUUCAAAAAUAACACAAGAAGGCAAGAACACGGAAUAAGAUUUAUGCAGAUAGGAAGAGCUGAUUAUAUAUAUAUAUAUAUAUAUAUAUAUAUACACACACACACGUAUACAGACAUACUUGUAUACACAUACACACACACACACACACAAUUGAUAACACAUCGUUAAACUCUAAACAUGUAUAUUCAAAAUUAGACAAAACGAUCGCUGAGAACAGCAUAUCUCUUAUGAUAAAAUUCAGAAUAAAACGCAAUUUCACAUAGAGAUCAUAGUUUUCCUCCUCUACAGCUGUUUCAAUGACGUUCACUAAUCGUAACAUUAAGACACCUGAUGAAGAGAAUUAAAUUAUGAACUAUAUGCCUUUUACUUUAUCUGUGGUACUUGUUUUGAUGGAGGAGGGACGUAAGUAAAAUGCCGGAUAAGCGAUCUGUUUGCUGUAUAUUAACUGGAAAACAAAGGAUAUAUAAUAAUAUAUCGUCGCAAAAAUAAAAUUUUACGAGUUACGAAAUAAGCAAUGAAUUACAAAAUUGGUUUUAACGGACACACCAUGUAACUAAAUGGUUGUUUCGAUUUUUUUUUUAACUGUUUGCAACCAAAUUUCAAGCUUUUCCCCCCUAAUGAAACGCUUCUUGUUCAGCCAUGUUGGUUUUUCUUUCCCCUGUAUUAAAUAUUGUUUGAAAAUAAAGCAAAUAUAAA